UCUGAGUCAUACACAUCCAUUACCACAGAGGCACUUCAGUUCUAUACUUGUACUGAAUACUACAUGUAUGUGCAGCAGUGGAUUAAUCAUAAGUUCUACUCAGGAGUGUCAAUCUUUUGACAGAACAAUAAAAAAGGUCGAGUUAGCCAGCACUAUGACCAAAAGCUGGGCCAAAGUGAACAUGGGAAAACAAGACACUAUACCUUCAGGCUGGCUGCCUGAAUCUCUUUUCGAAAAAAAAGAAGAGAAGGAAACAGAGAGAAACAAACCCCUGGACAUGCCUAAAGUUUUCAGUUAUCAGGGGACUGAGGACUGUAAUAUUAAAACAGAGAUGAUGAAAAAAAAAAUAACACCAAAACACAGCGAGGGAAACCAUGAUUUGGUGAGAUCCAUCAAGGAUAAAACCCAUGCUGUUCCUGGGGAGCCAGGAAAUGUCAUGAGCAAUGAUUCUCUUAACAGGAUACACCACUGUAAUGAGAAGAUAACUGGACAGAAGAAAGAACAAAAAUGUUGCAGUAGCCUAGAUUCAGAGGAUGGUGAACUUGGGGAAGAUUCAGCUCUAAGUGACAACAAUCAAAUUGAUGUCAAAAAGAACACACUUAUCAACAGACCCAAGAUUAAAGUGACCACAAUGGGGGACCUGCUGAACAAAUGGAAGAAAUUUGCUGAGGAGCAUGUGGAGGGUCAGAAACUCAACCCUUUUAGUGAGGACUUUGAUUACGAUCAUGCCAUGGCUGUAAGACUCCAUAAGGGACAACUGGGCUAUGGGCACCCCAAAGAAGGCUCCAAAACAGCCCAGCGAGCUGACCGUGCCAAGAAACAUAUCCAUCAAGAAAUGAAUGAGAUGUGCUACAUAAUCCGGGAUAUGGGACAGAUGGACAAGGAAGGUCAUAUUUAUGUCACUUUUGGUCGACUCUUUGAUCACUAUGUCAAGAUCUCUGAUAAGGUGUUGGGGAUUUUGCUUCGAUGCCGCAAACACAAGAUGGUGGACUUUGAAGGUGAGAUAUUAUGGCAGGGGCAGGAUGAUGAUGUUAAAAUCAGGCUGCUUGUGUGAGGAAAUUUGGAAUGCUGAAAAUAUGUCAGUAUUUAUUUAUUUAUUUAUUUAUUUAUUUAUUUAUGUGUUUGUUUGUUUGUAUGUAUGUAUGUAUGUAUGUAUGUAUGUAUGUAUGUAUGUAUAUGAACCAUUUAACUAUGUGGUGAAACCAAAACGUAAAAUGCAGAGGUAAAAAUAACCCUUGUUUGUAGGACAGUUUUGUUUAUUUCUGUCAUUUUUUUAAAAAUAUACUUUAGUUAUUUUAAUUUAAAUAAUGCUAGUCUGUUCCCUUUAGCACUUGAAAAAAUGUUUAAACAUUAAUUAAAUAAAUUAAAUUAAUAAAACAUUUAAGAUUAAUAGACAGAUUAAAACAUUAAGAAAUAAAUCAUCUGUGAUAUCUGGCUCUACUACAGUUCUAUAUAUAGCUAUAUAUAUCUGACACAAUUUGAUUCACUUUAUAGAAGUGCAAAGGAUUAAAUUCUUGUUUAAUUAUUCUUUUUCCUCUUGCAAAAAUUUAGCAUAAUCAAUUUAGUUUGUUCUGUUUAGACGUUUACUUAGGCUUACUUAAUUAAAAAAAUACACAUUCAAAAUGUUAAUUUUCAAUAGUUUUAUAGGCCAAAUUCCGUUUGCAUAAAGUACAAAUCACAUAAAUCAUCAUGAAUUCAUAAUGGAAAUGUUAGCUAAAACUAGUGUAACAGGCACACCAAAAUAGACUUUGUUCUCAGCACUAUGUUCCUUAGUAAGGCUAUUAUUUAAAAUAUCUAUGGAAUUUCUCUGUAUUAGUUUAUUGUUGGUUGUUUUUUUUUCAUGUUACAGAUUAUUAACAUUAAAUUAAUAAUUAUUUAUGACAAGUAGCAACUUUGUACACAGGAAGUUAUAAGAAGUAACUUAUUUUGUAAAUAUUUCACAAUACUAAUAUUACCUGACAAAUGUAAAAAAAAUAAUAAUAAUUUUUCGUGAAUUACUUUGGUAAUAAAAGGAAUAAAAACAAGAACAACUA